AUGAUUGAGUUUUUGGCAACGGUGGCUGAUGAUUACAUCAACAGAGGACUAGCUGCAGAAAGGAUUGUUGACGCCUAUUUCAACGUCGCCGAUCAGAUGAUGAUACUGCUUGGAAGAGAUUUGGUCGAAUACGUCAUGUUUCAUGUGAGACAAGUACUUUCACUUCCCGUUGUUCCAGUCAAAUGGUCGAUGGACAUCGCACACCUCUGA